AUGUUCCGCAAGAUCUUCUCUGUACGAACAAUGCGUCAACGCAUAACACCUAGCGCCCAACCCAUGUCGCGAUUCGACAGUCUCCGUCCAAAUACUCUCGACGCUGUUGAAGCUUCAAACGCCGAAACCGAAGAAGUAUUGGAAUCCACGUCUCAAAAAAAUGACAUGAAGGAGACUAUGAAGGAUAGUAAGAGAGAGAAAGAGGAGGGUGUGGAGGAAGUAGCCUUUAAACCAUGGCCAUACUCCCUCCCGUCAUGGCUUCGACCAAAAGCUAGUACAACCUUUUCACUCAUGAGCGACAGGACCCUUCCGAUUUCUGCUGUAGUAGAUUCUGAGCGCACAGGCGUUCUACAGUUCAUUCUCUACGGUGUCCCGAAUCCAGAACGCUUCUCUUACAGCCAGGAACUAGUGGCGCCGGGUAGUCUUUUGCAUAAGGUUCUCCAUGGGAUCAAGGAGAUGGAUGAGUGUGAGGGUACUGUUGCUAGUGUCACCGUUGUCGAAAGUGAGAACGUAGACUUGGGCGAGGAGAAAAUCAAGAAGGAAGAAGAUGAGGCCAUAGUGGUGAAGGGUAUGCAGAGCAAGGUUACAGUGGAAGAUGUGCUGGAGAAGAAUAAUCAUAUGGGGCAUGGGAUGAUAGCGAAGCAGCGCUUAGCUCCUUCUCAGAAUUUAACUUAUGAUAAGCACAGUGCAUGUAAAUAA